UGUAUCAAGCCUGUGAAAGUGGAAAAAAAGCCUGGAAAAGCAGCAGCUAAGAUCAGAAUUGAAGCUGAUGGAAGCUAUUUUCAGAUCAAUCAGGAUGGAGGAGCACAAAAAUUGGAAAAGGCUAAAAUUACUCUGAAUGACUGUUUAGCUUGUAGUGGCUGCAUUACAUCAGCAGAGAGUGUUUUAAUCACUCAACAAAGCCACGAAGAGCUCUGCAAAAUGCUGACUUUUAACAAGACCGCCUCUCCCAGUGAACAGAAAUUGGUGGUGGUUUCUGUUUCACCACAGUCCAGAGCUUCACUAGCUGCAAGAUGUAAAAUGGGUGUUCUGGAAACAGCAAAGAAGUUAACUGCAUUCUUCAAGAGUUUAGGUGUGCACUACGUUUUUGAUACAACCUUCUCAAGAAACUUCAGCCUGCUGGAGAGCCAACGAGAGUUUGUAAAACGCUUUCGAAAGCAAUCUGAAGACAAAAAGGCUUUGCCGAUGCUCGCUUCUGCCUGUCCAGGUUGGAUCUGCUAUGCAGAGAAAACCCACGGCAGUUUCAUCAUUCCGUACAUCAGUACCACCAAGUCUCCACAGCAGGUCAUGGGCUCCUUGAUCAAGGGUCAUUUUGCAGAACAGCAGCACCUGACACCCAACCAGAUCUACCACGUAACAGUGAUGCCCUGUUAUGACAAAAAGCUGGAGGCCUCAAGGCCAGACUUUUUCAACCAGGAGUACCAAACUCGUGACGUGGACUGUGUAAUCACCACAGGAGAAGUGCUAAAGUUGUUGGAACAAGAAGGAGUGUCUCUGUCAGAUGUAGAUCCUGCUCCGUUGGAUACCACGCUCAGUGGUGCUGCCGAAGAGGAGCUCACCAGCCACUCCGGUGGUGGCUCAGGGGGCUACUUGGAGCACGUGUACAAGUAUGCAGCCAAGGAGCUCUUUGGAAUUCGAGUGGAUACAAUUCAGUACAAACCACUAAAAAACAAGGACUUCCAGGAGGUGACUCUGGAGAAGGAGGGGGUUGUCCUGCUCCAGUUUGCUUUGGCGUAUGGGUUUCGAAACAUCCAGAAUUUGGUGCAAAAGCUGAAACGUGGGAAAUCACCCUAUCACUACGUUGAAGUCAUGGCCUGCCCAUCGGGCUGUUUAAAUGGGGGUGGUCAGAUCAAACUAGACGGUGAAUCUGGCAAGGACCAGCUUCAGCAAGUCGAGAGGUUGUACGAGUCUCUUAAGACCACAAUUCCUGAGGAGAACUGGACUGUAAAGGAGCUGUACGAGCGGUGGCUGGGGGGCACGGAGUCGGAAAAAGCUGCCCGAGCUCUGCGUACGGAGUACCAUGCCGUGGAGAGAGCAAGCACCGGAUUUAACAUCAAAUGGUGAAGCUUGACGCCGUGAAGCCCCAACACUCGGUGCCUUUUUAACUCCAUUGUAUGGUGGAUUCUCAAAAGAUGGCUAAAAGCCCUCACUGGGACGUGGCAGUUUCUGACUCAUUAGGGAUGAGAAGUAGAGAGAGUCACAGAAUUGUCACAUCUACCCCAUCCUCGGCAGCCAGUUACUGAUGGAUAAUAUCCUUAAAUUCAGAGAAAGCAACUUUUUACAGUGUUUCAAGUAAGAAUUUACUGACAACUUUCCCAUGAAGGACAAAGCCCUGUGUGUCUCUGAAAGGUGUUCCUUUACAAAAGUUAAUAGAAGGCUGCUGUGAGCUGCAAUCAUUACAAUGAGUAGGUUACCAGAACAAUCCAAGAGGUUAGUAAAAACACACCUGGUUUAAUGCAGCAUAUUCUGAUGCCUCGCCACAAGAGAGGUAGCUGUGGAACAGAUUUGGUCUUUUGUUGCUGGAGAUGACGGGUGUCUGUCGUGCUGUCAGUGUUUUUACAGAUGGGUGUUUUCAGAAUAUGUGUUCAGGGAAAAACAGCUACUAAGUCUGGUCUAUUUAAUGAGAACAUCAGUUUUUGUGGAGUUGCAGUGUGGCUGGGGAGGGGCAGGCAGGAGUGCGAGGCUCUGUGGCUGUACCUGAACUCGAGGGGAAGGGAUGCCAGUGGAUGUGGGAUCUCCUUGUGCCUGCUCCAGCUGCAAGUGAAGAUGAACUUGGAAUCAUCACUGAAUCACUUCAGUAUUUCUCCUUUUUCCAGUUACUGCUAUGUGAGGAAGAAGGACUGUGCAGAAAGUAGAGUUAAGUGGAUGAAAACUUGAAAACAAAGCUAUGUUGCUUCAGAGUAAAUAUAAACAUGGAGCUGGUUACUGCAGCUAAUCCUGAGAGGACCUUGCCCAGACCCUCACCAGGGAAAACUCCCACCAGGGAAAAGCCUGGGAAACCCCUGACUGUGUUACUGCCGCCGGCGAGCGCAAGGCUCAGCCCUUCACCCGCCUCUUGUACCGGCUCCUCCAGCAGCGCUGUCCUGCGUCCUCCUCAGAGCCUCCUCCACUCUUUACUAAAAGUAAGCCAACACUGUAAAAGACUUUUUUCUUUUUCAUGUUUUUAAUUAAAAGCUUUACAUUUUUCAGGUGUUGCUGCUCAAUUAGUGAAUUCACAGUGUUUGUAAGGCAAGAAUCUCCUAGUGCUUCCCCCUCUCCACCCUGUUCAUUUCCCCAAGUGAGGCGGCAGUGAAUGCCCUUUUCCACAGAGAUUUAUGACACAGAUCUACAACAGAGUGUUGUGCCAGACCAUAACAUCGUUAUCUACUGCCGGAGAUACUCAGCCCAGUACGCUGAAGGGCCAAGAGCAGGAACACCGUACAUCAGUGCGAAAGAAACACAUUCUGUUUCUGUUGAGAACAUGCACGUCAAGCCAGAAGUCCACAAGUAAAUAAAGCUAAAUGAGCUGUAAAUCAAACAAUGGGGGCUCCACCUUUUGUCUCUUCCCCCGUUACCAGCAUGCACACGGCCUGAGCCACUGCAGGACUCACCCCUCGCAGUGCUCCUGGGUGUCUGUUCCAGCUUCUGAGUGGGUGGUGGCUCAGGGACCCCCCCCAAACACGCAGGGGUGCCCCUCUGCUCCCAGUGUAAAUAAACAUCCAGAGGAGCCCCCAGGUAACACCUACAAACUGCACAGUUACAGUUAAACUGAGCAGCUUGGGGCAACAGUACCAAGGCAACUUGUGCAGCAGGACUAAUUCUCCCUCUCCUGGCAGGGAGAGUAAAUUCUAACACUAUAACUUAAUAAAAGGAAAAAAGAAAACCUUAAUCUAGUUUCUAGUAAGGGAAGAAACUGCCACAAACCAGGCUUCAGCAGUAAUGGGUGCAGCCCACAGUCCAUGCAUGAAAGAUCCUGAAAACUCAAUUCCAGUGUUAUGAGCUAUGCAAUCUAUUAUCAACACUGAUUAAAAUGACAACACGCAGCAAAGGAUUACAGGACCAGCUCCUCUGCUCCGUGUUUUCACCUGAACUACCCAGAAUGGGUGUAAAUUCGGCAGCACCAAGACAGCUGCACACAGUCUGCACUCUGAGGUAAAGGAGAAACCAGAGACUCUCCCACAUGGAACCUCCUGCCCAGAUCCUUCAGAGGAAUUUUCACACCUAUUUACAGAGCUAUCAUCAAGCUCUACCUUUUUUCCCAAAAAAACCCUACUGAUUUGUAAUGCACUUCCCCACCACCUGCAAAUAAAAGCUUUAUGCAUUUCUCAGACAUAAAAAAAAUAAAAUACAGUACUGAUUUUGCACAAACUGAAGGCUGAAAAGGCUUAAACUCAGCUGUUCCCCACCUCUUUUUCUAAAGACAAGGCAAUGUAAAUGUGAGUUGCAGCCAAAUGUUUUUCUUUUCCAAUUUUUUAUCUUCGGGGGGGUGGAGCACACGUUGUUUGCUGCCUAAAAACUGUCAUACCUUGAGAAGUAUUUCACAAGGCCAGUGGGUGAGAGCAUGCUCUCCCCCAGGCCUGACCUCCACCAGAGCGCGCACCGCACGGCUUGAGGGGUUUGGACGGCUCCUGUAAGUCAGUGAUCACAUUACAGAUCCCUACGUGAUGUUUCUAUGUUAGCCUGCUAUAAAAAUAAGGG